CACCUAACGUCAGCUUGGCCAGAGUCCAGCUCCUCCAUGACCCUCAGGAUAAAACGGACCUAUUGAAUGGAUGGAGGGCAUAACGUUGCUCAUUCUAAGAAGGUGGAACUUCUCAGAUACACCGGAAAUGCAAAGACCAAGAACACCCUCAGUAUAAAAGGCCGAGGUGGAGGUGAAGUCCUCAGUCUCAUCUGAGUACUCACCAAAGGAGACCCAUCAUGCGGGACUCAAAACUUUGUCUUGUGAUCCUCCUUAUCACACCGGCCUUGACUUAUGCCCAAGACGAAGAUGCAUCUUGUCUGUUGAACAAAAGGUACAAAGCCUACCACAAGUAUGAAUACAUGUAUGAAGCUGAGUCCUUGAAUGGCAUCAAUGGAGGUUCACAUCUCAGGAAUGGUCCUAAGGUCACUUGCAAGGUUGAAAUUGAAGUUCCUCGGACAUGUAGUUUCAUCAUCCGUACAACCGGCUGCCAGCUGAGCGAGGUGCUCGACUCGGACCCAGAGGGAAAGCCUGUGUUCAGUCCUUCACCCAGUUCUGAUGCCUUUGCUGCUGAAAUGGAGAGAUAUCCUCUGAAGGUUGUGGUUGAGGGUGUGUACAAUGUGAAACUGUACACUGAGGAUGGUGAGACAACAACAGCCCUGAACAUCAAAAGAGGCAUCGUCUCUGCCCUGGCUGUGCCUCUGGUGGAAGAAGACAAGAAUAAGAACAUGCCCACUAUUCAUGGCAUGUGCAAGAGCCAAUUCACCAUCAACGCUAGAGAGGACAUUGCAACAGACAUCAGCCUCACUAGAGAUCUGUCCAGAUGUGACAAAUUUAACCCAAUAAGAGAUCACACCAGUCCUCUGGCACUUAUCUCUGGCAUGCACUACCCUCUUGCUCAGCUGAUCAGAAGCUCCCAAACCUGCAAUUACAAGUUUGACAAUGAGAAGAAACACAUGACCUCUGGCUCCUGCACUGAGAACCACAUCCUCAUCCCCUUCUCACACAAAGGAGAAUAUGGAGUUACCAAUGUUGGAAAGCAAGAACUGACUCUGGUUCAAGUUUCUCCUCACAACGACAGAGUAUUUUUCCUCAGUGAUAUCAUGAAAGAGCUUCACAUGGAUGCUGUUGAGGACAAGAGUGUUGUCCAGGAUAAAGAUGCAGCUCUGAAUCUCCUGAGAGAACUGGCCACUCUGCCCGAGACCGACGGUGAGAGGAGGGCCCACCUCUUCCAAAAGCUGGUCUCCAUGGUCCGUGGAAUGAAGACCGAGACUCUGACUCCUGCCGUUCCUGAGGCUCUGGAAGUGUCCCGUGUCCUGACCUACCAGGUUCUGGCUCAGUGUGGAACCCCUGAGUGCAGCAGCGCCAUCAUGCACAUCCUCAGGACCUUCGACACUGCCUCGCUCGAGGUUGAUGCUGCAGUUUUCGCGAUGGGAAUCAUGUCCAACCCCUCUGCCCUCCUGAUCCAUGACUUGCUGGAGAUGGCCAAAUACAAGACCAGCAAGCCCAUCAUGUAUGCCCUGAGCAAUGUUGUCAAGAGAUUUUACAAAGCUGAAGAAAAACUGAUCCCUGAGAUUUACUCUGUUGCUGAGUUCAUGGCUGCCCAGUUGGGUGACUGUACUGGAGACAAGGAUAACACUUUCAUGACACUGAGAGUUAUUGGAAACAUGGCUCCAGCUGUGAUUCCUGUUGGUCCUGCACUCAGAGGUGCUGUGAUGCAAUGUGUGAACCAACCUGCAGCUUCUCCAGCUGUGCAGCAGGCUGCCAUCCAAGUGUUCAGGCUGACCCCCGUCCCUGAGGAGGUAAGGGACGUCUUUAUGCAGGUUCUCUUGGACAGCGCAAGCCCCGUACAAAAACGUAUUGCUACAUAUCUGGUCCUCAUGAAGGACCCACACCCAAGUGAACUGACCCAGCUGGCUAAUGCCUUGCCCAGUGAGCAGGACCAACAAGUCAAGAGCUUUGUCAUCUCCCACAUCACCAACAUUUUGUCCUCAAGUGGGCCUGAGACCCAGGAACUGAGACAGAAGAUCCGUGAUGCCCUGCAGGGUAAUGAGAUCGGAACCAUUAUGGAUCCCACCAAGUUCUCUCGCAACUACAAGAUUGGAUCCUUGGAGGGCAACAUGAUCUUUGAGGACACCAGCUACCUGCCCAAGGAGGUCAUGCUUGAAAUGACUCUGAAGGCAUUUGGCUUUGACAUCGACAUGAUGGAGAUUGGCAUGGAGGGCAAAGGAUUUGAGCCAACAGUUGAUGCUCUGUUUGGAGAGAAUGGAUUCUUCCCUGACACUGCCCUGAAGACGAUGUACUUCGUCUCUGACAACAUGCCCCAGAGAGUCAAUGAGAUCCUGCAGAGCAUAAUGCCUGCUCACAAAAGAGACAGGAUGAAGAGACAGGCCUCCCACAACUUUAUGAGAGAGAUUGGACGCAAUAUCAACAAACUGGUGAGGGAAGUGAAGUCUGCUGACUCUCCAGAAGUGAUGGUUUAUCUGAGGCUUUUGGGAAAUGAGCUGGGUUAUCUGAAGACCAGUGAAAUUGAGGGGAUGGCCUAUUCUGCUGCCAUGAUGAUCGACAGCAUGCUUAAGAUGUUCCCAGCUGAUAUUAUGAGGGCACUGAUGACUAAGGCUGACAACACAAUCUUUGCCCACUACAUCUUCAUGGACAAUGAGUUCUUCCUGCCUACUGUCACUGGUGUGCCUCUGAGGGUUUCACUGUCUGGUACUUUCACCCCUGGUAUCAAGGGUGGACUUAAGAUUGCUCAUGACAUGAGUGAAGUGACCUUCAUGCCCUCUGCUGCCCUCGAGUUUGUAACUCAUGUUGGCUCCCACAUCCCAGAAUAUGUCAGUUCUGGAUUUGAAAUGCACACCAACAUGUUCCAUGAGAGUGGUCUCAAUGCCAAGAUCCUCGUUGGAAGCGACCAAGUCAAGCUGACCAUUCCUGCUCCAACGAGUCCAACAAAAUUCAUCAAAAUAUCAAACAACCUUGUUGCAGUGACAGGAUCAGAAAUGAAGACCAUCCCUCCAAUGGUGAUGGACAAGGUUGAUGUUCGUGAGUGCACUCCAGUCUUUGCUGGAAUGAAAUACUGCUCUGAACUACAGUACACUGAUGCUUUCUCUCAGGAGACAGCCCCGUACUUCCCCUUCACCGGAGACAGCAAAUUUGCUGUGGAGUUCCAUCCUACUGGUGAAGUCACUGAGUACACAGCCACUGUUGAAUACGAGCUGCUCAAAGAGGGAGAGGAGGGCCGGCAGAAGGUUGACUCUGUGAUCUUUAUUCUGAGGGCUGAGGGUGCAGAUCCCACUGAAGCCAGAGCAGUCAUGAAAUAUAACAGAAAGAAGAAUGCAAUCACAGCUGACCUCCAGAUCCCUGACUACGAUGUGGAGGCUGGUCUUAGGUUGGGUGUUGUUGAUGGAAACACCAAGGGCAAAGGCACUCACUCCAUCUCUCUCGACUUUAUCAACAAGAACAUCCCUGUGCUCUCUCUGGUUGGCCGUGCCAAUCUGAAGGCCAUGAAGGAAGGUAUGCUGCAAGUUCAGCUUCUGGUUCCCUCCAUCAAUGCUGAUGCCACUGUCACCGCUAACAUGAAACAAGAUGAAGAGCUGGAACUGGAAGUUAAGAGCGACAUCAAGUUCCGGGAUAUGAGAUCUGAGCAGGAAAUUGAUAUGAAAUAUGAUGGCAGCAAGAUUGAGGUUGAUGUCAAGUCUGACAUGAACACUAAAACAACCAUCAUUUUCACUGAUUUUGUUGAGACGUACGGCAACGAUUUUCUUGACAUGCAAGUGGGUCAGACAGACAUGAAAGUCCGUCAUAUCUUCAAGAAAUCUGUGGAGGCAGCAAACAAUUACAUGGAGAAGUAUGGUGCUGAUUAUCCUUACAUUCAGAACUUCAGAGUGCCUGACAUGCCUGAGAUUUCCCUGCCAGAUACACUGUUCCUGAACGCUGAGGCCAAAGGUGUCUACUACUUCAAUGAUGAUCGCAUCACAAUUCUUAUCCCUCUCCCACUUGGAGGAAAGUCAACAGAAGAUCUUAAAUUCCCACCAGCUUUGACCACUCCCAGCCUGUCUCUACCCCAGUUUGGACUGGAAAUCGUCUCCAUGGAAAUUCCCAUCCCAGAGUUUAUUGUUCCUGAGAGCUUCACUCUGUCCAUUCCUCGCUUUGGAAAAGCUGAGGUUUCAACUGUGAUGAAAAGCAAUCUAUAUGACAUGGAGGCUUCAAUGGCUGUUGGCAAAGAUGUUGUGGAAACACCCAGCUACUCAGCUAAGUUUGAUGUGACAGGAACCUCCCCAAUUGAGAUCCUCUCCGUGAAGAUGGAAGGCUCUGGGAUGUUGGCCACCACUGAUUCCAUCAAAGCACAGCUGAAAAGCUCUUUGGCCCAUAAAUUCAUUGAAGCCACUUUUAGUAUCACUGAGGAUGCAACCAUCACAGAUAAAAUCAAUUUGAAAUCUAGCAGCAAGAUGGAAGCCAAAAGCCCAUUUGGUCUCAAUGUCGUCCUAGAGCACAAUGGCAUGUUUGGAAUCAACACAGAAGAAAUGUCUGCAGACAACAACUUUGAGGGGAAGUUUGCAGCUGGACCCAUCUAUGGCAAGACCACUUCAACCCAGUCAUUCAACAUCUUCCCAUUCAGACCAGAAGCAAAGCUUGAUUCUACUGUUCAGUUAGACUCCACCUUUGUUAAGGCCCACAACACAAUUGCUGCAACACUUCUCAAUGGUGAAUUCUCCGCUGUGUCUAACACUAAUGCCUUUGAAGACACCUUCACUCAUGUUGCUGACCUUUCCUUCAAAGACAGCAAGUUGUCACUGAAAUGUGAUGCAAAUGCCUUUGCUUUUGGUAUGAAGAUCCGCAACCACGCUGAAGCAUCUGCUGGUGCCAGUGAAAUGACCAUGAAGAUGGAAACAAAUGCAGACCACUCUGACAACCGUGUUUACUCUCUGCUGACUGCUUCUCUUGAUGUCAAUGGUCUGGCUGUCAACAGUGAUGCCAGUGUCAAGAUUCUUGAGAAUGAGGCUACUCACAAGGCUUCUCUGAAAAUGAACAAGGAUGGUUUGACCACAAGUGGAACAACUACCCUCCAGAGCCCCCUGUCCUUUGAGAACACCUUUGAUGCUGGGCUUGAUUCUACAAGGGCCUCUCUGUCCAUUAACAACAAGGCAGCAGUGAGUGAUAUGAAGGUUGACAAUGCCAACACUCUGAUCAUUACUCUUUCUAGCCUUGACUUCACCUCAAAGGCUGAAGCCACUGCAAGUGAGUAUGCCUCUUACACUCAUGAUGUCACCUUUGACCUGAAACCCUACACUGCCUCUGCAAAUGUUAACAAUAACCUCAAACUUCUGAAUGCCAACUUCAUUAAUGAGGCUCAACUGCAGGCAGAGCUUUACAAGAUGGACCUGACUGGAAGCCUGAAGGCCAUCUAUGGUGAGGAAGAGAUCAAGCACACCUAUCAGGUCAGUUAUGCUGAUAUGAGCGCCAACGCAAAGUGCAGCACCACUGGAAAACUCUUUGGGACUCAUAUGAGCCACAACACUGAACUCGAAGUUAUCGGUCUGGCAGCUAGGAUCAGCAAUGACGCCCGCUUCAACUCACAGCCAGUGCGCUUUGACCACACCAUCCGUUGCAGCAUUGUUCCUUUCGAUUUCAACCUUGAUGCCAUCUUCAAUGCUGAUGGAGACAUGACCCUGUAUGGAAAGCACAGUGCCCAGCUCUAUGGCAAGUUCCUUGUGAAAGCACAACCUCUGGCUUUUGCCAGCUCACAUGAAUGUAGAGCAUCAGUGAACCAGCAGCUGAAUAAUGGUUUGUCCAUUGAGACAAUUUUUAACCACAACAUGGAUACUGCUCUCUCACUCCAAGAGCAGAAGACCAGUUUUAGAAUGAAGUCUAAAUUGAAUGAACAUGUCUUUAAUCAAGACAUAAAUAUAUACAACACUCCCGAGAGAAGUGGAAUUGAGGCUUCUGGUACCAUCUUAACAAACAUCAUCAACUCAGUCUCUGCAGAAAACCAGGAGUUCGCCAUCUCUGGCUUCUUAAAGUAUGACAAGAGCACAAACAGCCACAUGAUUUAUAUUCCCAUAUUUGAAAAUUUUGGUGCCUUUUUGGAAAGGAUUAAGGUGCUUGCUGUACAUGUUGCAGAGGCACUGCAAGACUACAUCAACAAUGAUGAGGUCAGGGCUAAACUUGAGGCUCUUCCCGAGCAGAUCAGUGACUUUGUUGCUCAAAUGAAUAUUGAAGACAAGGCAAUUCACCUGAAACAGUAUUUCACUGAUUUUACCCAAAACUAUGCCAUCUCCAUGGAAGAUGUGGAAGCCUCUUUGAGAAACUUGAAGAUUACAGUUGAGAAACUUCUGGCUGAUCUUACUGUUUACCUCCAGGACUUUGUUAGUAUGAUGAAGGAGAUUAUUGUUAGUGGCACCUUCCCAGAGGGCUUUGCUCAGCAGAUCCAGGACAUGCUGAAUGCCAUUAACGAGGAGUUUGACAUCAAGAGUAUGCUUGUGUAUGUGAUUGACACCAUAAGAGACAUGGUCCAUGAGAUUGACCUGGACAAACUAAAGGACAGCAGUAUUGCAUUCCUGUAUGAUAUCGAUGCCAAGUAUGGAAUCAAGGAUACCCUAAAAGAUUUCAUGAAUUUUAUUAGAGAAAGGAUUGAGACAUUUGACUUGGCAGAGUUUGUUGGUGAUUUGGUGAGAUUCAUUUCACAUGAAAUUAAGCAUUCCAUUCAGAACCUUGUCAAUCAGAUACCCACACAGAUUCUCAGUGAAGCAAUAGACAGUACUCUGGAAAUCAUUCAGAAUCUCAACGUUGUUGAUAACAUCAAUGCAUUCUAUGCCAAAAUGAGAGAGCUGAUUGUAAAGUUUGAGGUUGACAAAAAGGUUCAAGCUGUCUUGGAGAAGGCUGUGGAGCUCAUUAAACAGUACAAGGUUGAGGAAACCAUCAGUACUGGAGUCAAAAUAGUGAAAGAUGCAGACAUUCCUUCUAAACUUAUGCAAGUCUUCCAGGAUGUUAUCAACUACUGGAAAGAAAUCGAGGUUAAGGAUAUAAUUUACAAGGUGAAUGCAUAUAUUGUCAUUAUUGAGGAAAAAAUUAGGUCAUUUGAUUAUAAUGACUUUGUAGAUCACAUCAAUCAAGUGAUUGCAAAGUACACUGCUAAUGUAAAUGACGCGAUCAGAUCUCUUGAAAUCCCCCAGAAACUUAAGACAUCAAGAGAUUUCGUCAACUUCAUCAUGUCCUCUGUUAGGGUUUAUGUAGACCAAUUGAGAGAAGUUAAAAUUGCUGCAAAGGACAUCAUUUACAAGGUUGUGUUUAAUAAUCUGAGGCAAUUUGCUGAAAUUUUCAAGGAGAAAAUUGUGAAACUGGAUGUGAAUGCUAAAAUUAACACUUUUAUCCAGUGUGCAAGCCAGUGCUAUACAAAAUUCAGAGCAUUUGUCUCUGGUAUACUCACCAGUGUAGUUGAUCAAAAAAUCACCAGGGAGAUACUGCAGAUCAUCGAAGGGCUUGUUAGUGGACUCAUGGAAGCUGAGCUGAGUAUACCAGCCUUCACAGUUCCUCUCACCAAUCUUGUUGUGCCUUCCAUGACGGUCAGCAUAAAUAAGCUUCACCAGUUUGAAAUCCCAUCACAACUGGACAUUCCUGAGUUUAUUAUCUUGGGCUUUCACACUGUGCCUGCCACUACCCUGUCAAUCAGUGACAUUAAGCGGAGAAUCAUUGACUUCAUUGAUUCAGUUCUUAACUUUGAGCUGGAGAUGUUUAAUAUUGAUACUUCAUUUGGACACCUGACUUCAAGCUACCUUCCCACGCUGCCCGAGUUGUCACUUCCUGAAAUUACUGUACCUGAGUUCUCCUUUCUCACACUUCCUCAUUUUCCAGCAGACAAACUUGUGAACUUUCCUCUUGAAAUGCCAACAUUUAAGCUGCCAGCAAUCCCCAGUGCGAUUAUGAUUCCAGCAUUUGGUAAACUGAGCUAUGAGAUAAAGAUUAACAUCCCCAUCUACACUGCUAGGAAUGCUGCGGAAGUCCAGAAUUCACUUGAUGUAGAUGGCAAUCCACAGCUGACAGCUUUUCUGACUUCCCAAGGGACAUCGCCAACAUUUGAAAUCCUUAAUUUCAAUCUGGAUUCCAAUGCUCGGAUUGCAAUUCCCAAAGAGCAUCCUAUGACUGCUCGUGAGACCCUGAAGUUCACUCAUGAUUUCUUUGCAGUGGACCACCAAGCAUCUGUAACAUUUUCUGACUUCUCAGCUCAGGCCUCAGCCAAGACCACAAUAAAGGCCACCACAGCACUCUACAGUGCUGAGCUUUUAAAUGAAGCUUUCUUAGCCACCACAGGUGGUUUAUCUGCCUCCGUUGACACCUCCUAUAAACAUACACUCAACCUUCCCGGCCUCACUGGCGAGGCUUCUGCUACUCAAAAAUCUGUGGCCCGCCAAGAGGGUACCUCUAUUACAUUUACUGUUGAAAAUCAAGGCACUGCCACCUACAAUUCUCAUCAACUUACUCACAAGAGUGACUUACAAGUCAUAGCUAGUCCAGAUAUAGUCAAGGUGACUUUGACUGGUGACACAGAUGCAUUCCUUUUAAAGAUGAGACAGACCAUGAGUGCUGAUUUUGUCAUGUUCACCAAUUUCAAGUUUGAUGUUCGCUCUGAAGCAGAAGGCCCCUCAAUCAAAAGGAGCCUUUUAGAGGGAUCAGUAAAUGUCAAUCUACAUGACACAAAGCUCGAGUUUAAGGCCACCCACAGUACAGAUCUAACUGGUUUUAUCAGCGGUCCCUUAAACAAUGUGAUUUAUGUUGUUGUAUGUCCCACAGAGGUUGUGUUUAACUUUCAAAACAAGGGAAAUACAAGGGUCAAUUUUAAUGAUGCUUUUUCUGCCAAAAUUGAUCUGCAGAAUGACUACUCAGCAACCAUAAGACCUGACAAUCAACACAUUAACACUGUGGCUGUGGCCCGUCUUAAUCAGUACAAGCUGUUGUGGAAUUUCACUGUCGAGAACAAAGACAAGGAAUUUGCUGUUCUUGCUGCCGUGGAGGGGAAGGCAAAUCUUGAUUUCCUGACUAGGCCCAUCAGCAUUCCUGAGAUUGACCUGCCUUUUGUUGAUUUCAAGACGCCCGCCAUUAGUAACCUCAACUUGUAUGACCAAAUGGGGCUGAAAUACAUUUUGACAACCCCUGAGCAGAGUGUUGAUGCAAAUGUUAAGGUGGUUUACCAAAAAAGCCAAGCUGACCCCCUUGCCAAGAAAAUUGGUCUGAUUCCCUCUAUGGGCAACGUGAUUACAGAGCUAUCUUUCAAGUCUGCCAUUGUUAAUCUAAAUGUCAAUGCUGGGAUGUAUGCCAAAGAUGAUCUUGUGUUCCGUCUUGGAGCCACCACUGUAUCUGUGUUUGAGCCUCUAAAAGCCAAACUUGAUGGCACCACCAGUCUGACCACCAAGAGAGGAAUCAAACUGGCCAAUUCCCUGUCCCUCGAAAAUCCUCACAUUGAAGGCACUCAUGACAGCACCAUCAGCAUGAGCACUGACACUUGGGAAACUGCCAUGUCUGUGGCUACUGUUGCAAAGAUCGCACUGCCAAUACUCAACAUGGAAGCAAGCCAAAAUCUGGUUGCAGACACCAAAACCAAAGCAAAUGCUGUCUCCAGCUUUAAUGUGAAGGGUAAUUUCAACGUCCCUAUGAUCAAGGCUGCUGGAAAGGCUGAGGUAAAUCACAAUCUGAAGAUGGAGGGAACUUUUGAGUACGUUUCCAUGGAGUCAUCCACCAGAGGAAACAUGGAUGGCACAGUGUUUGAAGGCUAUCAAGUUUUGGGAGUCCUGGACAAUGAGGCAAAUCUAUACCUGAAUAGUGAUGGCCUUCGUUCCACUUCCAAGGUUACUGCUGACGCCAAGCUUAACUUUGGUGCAAUCAAAGUCAUUGGCAUGGAUGUAAAUGAGAAUCUGGAAAUUGAAGCUUCCCUGAGCCGUGUGUAUGCAGUGCUGAAGUAUACUGGCAACAACGAGGCAAACAUGUUCAAUUUCAAUACCAAGGGAAAACAUAUUGCCCAGGCUACUAUUGACUUUGCACCAACCUCUUCCUUGAUUGCUGAUUUUGAGAUGAACAUGUCUCAGCCAACCAACCUGGGUGACUUCACUAUCUUUGAGAAAACUGUUGCUGAAGUGACAGUUUCCAAACAGAAAAUCUCUACUAAUGCUAAGUUUGCCAGCCCGGUGUACGCCACAAACAUGGGCAUUGAGGUGGAGGCCAGUGUUCCUGUCUUCAAAGUCAUCUAUAAGUCGUCUGCUACCUGUCCUAUUGUCAUCUUGGAAUACGACCUGGACUCCUCCACUACCAUAAACGUUGAACAGGCUGGCCUUGGCCUGACUGGGAAGACUGUUUUUAGAAACAACGAUUUCACCAUGGACAUUGCCCCCAUUCUUUCACAUACAUUGAGUGGCUCUCAUGUCACCCUGAAUGUGGACAUAACCAGCCCUGACUUUACUGACGUGAAUUUGCGUUAUGCCAUUCGCAAAGACGGAAUCAGUGCCACAGUUUCUAUUCCAUCUACUGGUCUCCUUGGUCUUCAGCUCAAUGCCAAGAUCCCAUCGCAGUUGAAUGCCAGGCUUUAUGGCCGUUAUGCUUCCGAUCCUGGGAAAGAUGUUGAUAUCGCCACCAUCAGAGUUUCCAACAAGGACACAGACAAAAAAAUGAAUCUGAAGUUGGUCUUCAACAUAGAAGCCCCGGAAAUUAUGCUCAGGGGAUUACAGGAAAAGGUUCCUGCCAUCACCUCUUGUUUGUCUAGUUUUGCUGAAAAACAUCAACUAUUCGGACAUGCUGCUCAGCUGAAGAACAUUAUAAUGGACUCUGUUGAGGAGGCAUACAACUCUGCAAACACCCAUGCCUCACAUCUGAGCCAAGUGUCCAUCCUCUUUAGGAACACUGUCGUUCAGUACCAGAAGAAUGUUCAGGUCGUCCUGGAUGCUGCCAUCAGGGUCCUGAGAGAGACCCGGGUCAAACUGCCCGGCUCUGAAGAGAUGACCCCUCUCAUUGAGGUGAUCAACAAACUGACCACUAGAAUUACCAAUAUGCUAGAGAAGGCAAGUCACAUGGUGUCUGUUAACAUUGAAUAUGCUUUCAAUGCAGUGGUUGGCAUGAUCAGUAAAAUUGAAGUUACAAUGCCUGUUGGUGAUGUCAUGGCUGGAGCCAAAAUAAUCAGACAAAUCAAGGAGUGGCUAAAGACUACUCCUAAUCCUGUUGUGGGUAUUUUGAAGCACCUGAAGAGUUUGGACAUGUCUCUGGAAAAACUGGGUGACGCCCUAAAAGCCUUUGUUAACAAAGCUCAAGACUUUAUUGAUAACAGCCUGAAGUCUGAUGUCCUCGAUACCAUUGCUGUCUACAUUAAUGCUUUCUAUGUUAAACAAGUAAGCUUAAUGAAAACAGCCAAAGAGUGCUUAAACUCAGUUGUGACCACCGAAUAUAUGAAUGACAACAUCAACUAUAUUCUGAACGUUAUCAGAUCCGCAGUGAAUCGACUCAGCAGCACUGUUACUGAUUAUGUGCAGCAGGCUCCUGCUCAGUAUAGGUCUUAUUUAAAAGUAAAGGGUAAAAAGCUGGAGAUUAGUAUUUAAUUUCACCUCCUCAUCAUCUCCCAAAAACGUGUAAGUGUUCAAAAGUUGUUCAACAUUGUUUCAAAAGUAAAUGGAAAAAAAAGAGAUCAACAUUAUUUGCCUUGUUCAUUUUUGUUUAAAAUAUGUGGGGAAAAAAAAUGUAAACUAGCACAAUAUUACAUGUAGCAACAGCAUAUAUUAACCUGUAUACCAUUUGUUAUAUGUCUAAGUUUUCUGUUUACUGGUCAGUGGUGUGAAGUAAAGUCUAUUUACUGAAUGGCAUUGAACUACAGUCCCUUUUUCUCCUCAUAUGUAUAAAGUCACUUGCUUCUAAAUGAGCACAGGAAAACAAUUUUUGAUAAGUUGACAUAAGUUAAACAAUCUUAGCAGGUAGCAAGUGGAAUGACAGGGUUAUAUUUUAUUCUGUGCAAGUAAAAUCGAAAUAAAACUGAACUGAGUGUUAACAUUGGAACUAACAAAUGUAUUGGUGCAAUGUGAAUAUGUAAAAACAAUGUGUAUCACUUAAAAUAAAGACAAAGUUAAGCCAAA